UGUGGAAACUGUCGGCAGGUUGCAGGAGUUACCUGUGCUCGAGUGCAAGGAUUAGAUCUAGUGUCACCUCUGUUCCUUUUCAGUAUCUUACCUGUUGCCCAGGUGGUGACACUGGCCCUCAGGUGAGAAGCACCUGGCCAUGAGUCCUGGGCCUCUGACCUGCUUGUCGUGUAACCAUGGGCAACUUCCUUUCUACAAGGAACCCCAGUCUCUUCAUCUGUAUAGUGGUCCAAUGUGGUCCAAUUACACGACCUCAGAGGAAUGAGGGGCACUGCCAGGACUCCAUCACCUGUGUAAACACCUGGCAGUGUGGGCAUGUGGCAGUCUAGAUAAACCAUAGCCUUGUGGUGGUUAUGAAGGUUAUUAUAAAAAUGCAUGCAUUUCUUUCACAAUCAGAAAAACAUUACGCAUGAAAGAACAGGGCAAUGACUGGAGGUGGAAGAACAAGACAGCCUACCCAGCUGCAUGGUCCCACUGACCACCCUGCGUGACCACCGUGGCCACUCUUUACUCAUCUUCCAGAAAAGGGAGAGGUCAGAUGGCAGCCAGACCCUUACCAGAUGGUGUAUCCGGCCCUCCCAGAGGGGAGGCAUGGAGGGCUACGGGAACAUCCAUUAGACCUUAACUUGGCCUGUGGGAGUCAGGAGGGCUUCCUGGAGAGAGGAUUGUCUCAUGGGAGACAGGAGAGAAGAGUAGGAGCCAACCAGGUGGAGAGGGAGGCGUGUACUUCCAACAGAGAGAGGGCAUAUGUAAGGCUGGAGAUUCAAGGAGCAGAGCGAGUUUGGGAAACACAGCUAGAGAGUGGCGUGCAAGGAAGAUCAUGAUGGGAGAUGAGGCUGGGCAGGUGACUGGGGCCUCCAGAGUCAGCCACUGACUUUCCCACUGUAGGCGUUUACAGCUCUCUUGAGCCCCUGGGAUGUGCUUGGCAAGAUAAGGCCUUACGGCUAGAAGGCUCAGAGAGUGCCCCUUAACUGGGCUUCUGGAUGGAAUUUUUGGAGCAAAGGGCUAGUACUUAUUUUUACGCAAAUUGAGAAGUCUUGAUGAAAAGGAGCACUUACAUCCCAACCCCAUCAGGGAGGGCCAGGGAGAACCGUGGCUUCAGUAAUGGUGUGGGCCUGUUGGAGCCUGUCACAUGGUUACAUAUGACAGACAGGACACCCUACCUCCACCCAGACUGGGCCUUCAGAAGGAAUUGAGUUGGAGGCAAUUAGAACUAAAUCAGAUGAUGCUCCAAGGAUCCCCCACUCUAACUGCCGAGAGCAUCCCUGACUUCCUGCACGUGGAUGAAGCCGAGUGAUUUUAAAGCAGCUCCUUGUCCAGGCUUAGGUGAAAGUCUGCCCUCACUUGUAGAGGUGGUGCCAUGAUGCGGUCGUAGGAAUUAGGCGUCCCAGGUUCUGGUUCUCCCUGCCUCUGCUGCAGUGUGAUCAGAAGGGGGCUCUCUCCUGCUGUUCCACCAUGUGCCAUGACACUCCACCUCCUCUGCUCCCCUUCUGCCUCACUCCCCUCUAAUCCACCCGCAAGUCCCAGUGAUUCUUCUCCAAAGUGGGCGUUCAGUGCGUUCACAGUCCUGUGGCCCAGGCCUGCUCUCUCCCCUCUGCACACCCUCUUCACUGGUCUCCUUGCAUUAUUCUGGCCUCUCUUAGAGCAGCCCGUGUGCUCUUUAAAAACAAAAGUCUGCUUAUCACUUUGCUCCAAUGCUUAAAAACCCAUCCAUUUUACACGGAGAGAAAAAUUCCGAACUUUUUGCAAAUAGCUGCCGAGUCCUGCGUGAUCUGCAUUUUGCCCACUCAUGUUGCUAUCUUCCUUCACACAGGGCUCAAGCCACACUGGCUGCCAGUCCCUCAGCCUGUGUGGCUAUCACCUUUACAGUCUUGCUCAGGCCGUCCUCACCUCACCCCUUCCUCUGGAGAAGCCCGCUGACCUCUGCAGUGGAAAUCAAAGUAUGGAACGCUGUGGACUCUGGGUACUGCCUGCAGACCUACUCCCUGCACACAGAGGCAGUGCGGGCCGCCCGCUGGUCUCCCUGUGGCCGGCGCAUCCUCAGUGGUGGCUUUGACUUCGCCCUGCAUCUAACAGACCUUGAAACAGGAACCCAGCUAUUUAGUGGUCGAAGUGACUUUAGAAUCACUACCUUGAAAUUCCAUCCAAAAGACCACAACAUUUUUUUAUGUGGAGGCUUCAGCUCUGAAAUGAAAGCUUGGGAUAUAAGGACCAGCAAGGUGAUGAGAAGCUACAAGGCCACCAUUCAGCAGACCUUGGACAUCCUGUUCCUCCGGGAAGGCUCUGAGUUCCUGAGCAGCACGGAUGCUUCCACCCGGGACUCGGCUGACCGCACCAUUAUUGCCUGGGAUUUCCGGACCUCUGCCAAAAUCUCUAAUCAGAUUUUCCACGAGAGAUUCACCUGCCCCAGCCUCGCCUUGCACCCCAGGGAACCCGUGUUCCUGGCACAGACCAAUGGCAACUACCUGGCCCUUUUCUCCACUGUGUGGCCCUACCGGAUGAGCAGACGGCGGCGCUAUGAAGGGCACAAGGUGGAGGGCUACUCAGUGGGCUGCGAGUGUUCCCCAGGCGGUGAUCUGCUGGUGACGGGCAGCGCUGAUGGCCGGGUCCUGAUGUACAGCUUCCGCACAGCCAGCCGGGCAUGCACACUGCAGGGGCACACGCAGGCCUGUGUUGGCACCACCUACCACCCUGUGCUGCCCUCCGUCCUUGCCACCUGCUCCUGGGGAGGGGACGUGAAGAUCUGGCACUGAGGUUUUUGUCAUGGAACCUUCCCAAUGCCAGCUGGGCUCUGGAGCUCCCCUCUUCCUCAGGGGUGGAUGAGAGGAAUGAGUACAGAGGUCGGCUGUGGGUCCUGGGCACCACCCUCUGAGCCCCAGUUUCCUCAUCUGCAAAGUGGGGACAAAAGUCUGUCUGUCUCAGGAGUGUGAAGGCUACACUAAUGAAAUUGCCUGGCAUGCAGCCGGUGAUGCUUAAUAAAUGUCUGUUUUGCUAUUUCUUAA